CACUAAUAAAAUUAGGAAUUCUCCCUCCCUACCAUAGAUUCUCACCUCAACUCAAAACCAUAAAAUAUAAUUUUCCAAAAAAUCAUCUACCGUCUCGACUUUAGUAUGGACACAAACCUACCUCUACACCAACAUGGCCUAGUAAAUAUUCUACCUAAGUAGAAGUGUCUCCUGCCAGCUAGCUUAAAGGUUGUGGGUUCAAAUAACGAAUUCUUUUGUUAUUUGACGUUCAUAUUCAUUCAACAAUCGGACACUAUAUAUUAAAAAAAAAAAAAAUUAAAAAAAAUGGAAGAUUGUUCGGAUAAUCGCAACGGGGCUGUUCGGAGCAUAAUUUUUGGGAAGUACGAGAUGGGGAGGUUGUUGGGACAAGGCACGUUUGCAAAGGUCUACUACGCGAAAAAUCUUGUAACGUGUGAGAGUGUAGCGAUUAAAGUGAUAAAAAAAGAUCAAGUUCGUAAAGAAGGUUUGAUGGAGCAAAUAACUCGCGAAAUAUCGGUGAUGAAGCUUGUUCGACAUCCAAACGUGGUCGAAUUAAAAGAAGUCAUGGCUACAAAAAGGAAGAUAUAUUUCGUUAUGGAAUAUAUCACCGGGGGUGAGCUUUUUGCAAAAGUUGUAAAAGGGAAAUUAAAAGAGGAUGUGGCAAGAAAGUAUUUCCAACAGUUAAUUAGCGCCGUCGAUUUUUGUCAUAGCCGUGGAGUCUCCCACCGUGAUUUAAAGCCCGAGAAUUUGUUACUAGACGAAAACGGGGAUUUGAAAGUUUCCGAUUUCGGGUUAUCUGCUCUGCCAGAGCAGUUAACAAACGACGGGUUGCUUCAUACGCAGUGUGGCACGCCGGCUUAUGUUGCGCCCGAAGUUUUAAGGCGAAAGGGGUACGAUGGUGCGAAGGCCGAUAUUUGGUCUUGUGGGGUGAUUUUAUAUGUUUUGUUAGCCGGGUGUUUACCUUUUCAAGAUGAAAAUCUUAUGCACAUGUAUAGGAAGAUUUUCAAGGCGGAAUACGAGUAUCCGCCUUGGUUCCCUUGCGACGCAAGGCGAUUGAUAUCAAAAAUUUUGAUAGUCGAUCCUUCGCGUAGAAUCUCGAUUCCCGCGAUAAUGAGAUCGCCUUGGUUUCUAAAAGGGUUUCAAAGACCACUAGCUUUUUCUAUCAAAGAAAAUGAGACUGAACCCGAGAUCGAAAACACAAAGCCUAAGUCCUCGCCGUCGUUUUACAACGCUUUCGAGUUCAUUUCGGCUAUGUCGUCGGGUUUUGAUUUAUCAAGCUUGUUUGAAAGUAAACGAAAACCGGGCUCUUUAUUCACAUCCAGAUGUUCUGCUUCGGUCAUUCUUAACAAGCUCGGUUUGGUUGCUAAUAAAUUAAAUUUUAAAGUUUUGAACUCGAAACAGAACGAAUAUAGAGUGAAGAUGCAAAAGAUGUCGGACGGGCGAAAAGGGAAGUUGUCCGUGACGGUUGAGGUUUUUGAGGUGGCACCGGAGGUGGCGGUUGUAGAGUUUUCGAAGUCGGCUGGUGAUACGUUAGAAUACAAAAAGUUCUGUGAGGAUGAUGUUAGGCCUGCCCUGCAAGAUAUCGUUUGGAAAUGGCAAGGCGAAGAUAACAACAAUCUAAUUAACUAGCUUAUAUUAUCGACCCGUUUUAUAAAUGUUGAGUCUCCCUAUUGUACAAAAACGUUUUUGUUUAGAGUAAAUAUAUAUAUAUACAUCUUUUUACCCCGCA